AUGUUUUCCAAAUUCACCAAUAUUUUACAACAGGCAGUGGAUGCGAUUGCACCCAACCUUAGCCUGCAGGAAGAGUUUGUACAUCAUUGGAAAGCAAUCACAAACUACUUCAUUGACAACAAAGAGGAGAAGUUACCUGUUGAUCAAACUAACCUACCUGCUCAUCUGGAACAAAUGUUAGCUAUUUUACAGCAAGAGGAAAUUUCUUGUGAAUCUGGCAGUACAGGGCCUUGCAUGGAAUACAUGCUUCACCAUAAACUGCUUGAAACACUUUACACUCUGGGAAAGAAUGAUAGUCCCCCUGGAAUGAAACAAGUUGUACUGUGUUUCUUCACUCGUCUUUUAACUCGCAUCAAACAACCCUUACUUCCACAUAUCAAUGUACACAGAGCUGUCCAGCGUCUUGUUCGGAUAUGUGGAGAAGUCAAGUCAGGUCCUUGUGAGAAUGAAGAAAUCCAGUUCCUCUGUACUUUGUGUGCUAAAAUCAAAUCGGAUCCUUAUUUGGUUAACUUUUUCCUUGAGGUUCCCAAGAAUGUUGACAGUCCCAGAUACCCACAACUUUCACCUUUGUCCCAGAUGAGCCCCAAAAGUCCAAAGCGUUCCCUAGAAUUUUCUAUUGUUAAUUCUUUACUUUCGAUGUGUUCCAGUGAGGAUGGGAGAGUUGCUGUUAAAGCUUGUGAAGGUCUGAUGUUGUGUGCUAGUCUUCCAGAAAAAUCUGCUGCUACUUGCCUUAUUGAGAAUACACGUUUUUGUGCUGACAUGACAAACAGACUUAUCAAGCUGUAUCAGCGUUUGCCCACCACCAUCAACCCUGAUGAACUUGAUGCUGUCUAUGCUAAAUGGGGGUUGGAUGUGAUUUCUGAGUAUGAAGACAAACAGACUUUUGUAGGUAAACGUAAUGUAGUGUGUUUCUUGUCCUGGUUAGACUACUGUGACCAGCUGAUCACAAUUGCAAAUCCGUUGGUCGGUCGAGCAUUGGCCAAGUAUAUCUACACCAAUUUUCUAAGAGCAAUUAUUGAGCCAGGCAUCUUGCAAACAAGUGAGGCUGGAGUUGUAGCAUGUACUGCUUACCUCAGGCGUUGCUUGAAGACUGUGUCUAGCAUUUUGCUCUCAGAAUUUGUGCAUUUUAUUUUGGGUGACGAGAAACACUAUGAGAAGACCACUGAAAGUUCUUGUAAAAUACGAAACCGGUUAAUCCAGCACUGUAACCACUUGUCUGAAGAGGUCAGUUUAAUUUCCCUGAAACUAUUUGAUACUUUACUCCAGAAGAAUGACAGUUUCAUUGUCUACAAUUUAGUCUUACGAAAUCUGGAAUGUGGUAAACACAUCAAACCUGGAGUUACAUGCCACACGAGUCCAAUGUCUAAAUGCCCUGCUGCCUUGGCAAACAACACAUUUGCUUCUCCAGGAUCUUUGGAUACAAAAACAGAAUCAUUCAAUGAAUCUGUUGAUUCCAGACCAAAGGAACUAACAGUGCCUCCUGAAAAUAUCAGCAUUGAUCGCCUUCCUGAAGACACCAACAGUCCAGAUCCACAAAAAGAUGAUCUUACUAAUCCUCCCUCUCAGCCUGUAUCAACAAUACCCCAAACAACAAACUCUUCAUCUUCUGUGCAACCCAAAUCACCAUCAGCAUCUCUAUCUAGUCAGUCUACAGAAGAAGUUCCUUCAGCAUCUGAUGCCAACAAUACUCAGUAUACAGACAUUAAAGAACCUGUUGGGGAAGAGGGAGAAAUAAGCAAUGCCGAAGACGACAAAAAAGGGUUUGGCUCUGAAACCAGUAGCUCUAUUGCAGAGGAUGGAGAUGUUGAUGUCAAGCGAACACCAAAAUCUACAGAACAAGAUGAAAGUGGCAAAGCAUUUUCUGAUAUUAUCCAUUCUGAAGAAUCUUUCUCUUCUAAUACAGAAUAUUACUGCUCAGAAGUGAGCGCAAUUUUUAACAGUUACCUGAGUUUGCUGCCUGAAGAUAUUAAAUCAGCUGCUCCUACAUCUAACAGUGGUUAUAACAUGUACUUACAUGAUGCUCAUGAACAGUUUACAGCAAUUGAAGAAAUGUGUCGGAACUGGGAAUGGCCAUCUCAAAUGGACUCAAGUACAGAAUCAGAUCAUGAAUUUUAUGAAGGUGCAUUCCUGCAAAUGCUGUUUACAAAGCUCACUCGGAUGUUAGACCAGAGCUAUGCUAUGAAUCUCCAAAUAACAUCUGUGAUCUCCCACUUGGCCUUGUUUCCUCAUCAAGUUCUGAAUGAUUAUCUUCUUGAUCCAGGUUUACCAGUAACUGACAAUGUAAAAUUAUUGUAUAAUAUUCUUCAGAAGGUUGUUACAGAUAUCAAAGGUAGGAAGAGGCUGGAACAACAAUUCUCCCAGAAACUGCAAGUGACACGGAAUCUGCUUAUGGAUGAAGAAAGAAACUUGAAAAGCAUGGAUAUUGAGAAUUUCAACCAGAUGUCGGCGGUUAUUGUCUUGGAGGAGUUCUUUCUCUUUUUUUAUCAUUGUCCUUUCUUUUCUCUCUCACGUUUCCUCUUUCUUUCUUUCCUUUUCUUGACACAAAUACGAUUUCACACACUGUCCGGCUGUAACAGAGAUAUACACUUUCUUCCUCUCCCUGGUUUUCUUUUUUUCUUUCUUUCUUCUUCUUUGCAAAUAGAACUUUAUUUGGAAGGGAUUGUUACCACGUUACACCGGAUAUCCGGUGUUGGUUGCUACAACUUCGUGACAUCUCGUUCAUCAGGAAUCAUGAAUAAAGAAGAACGGGAAGAAAAAGAAAAAGCAACUCAAGUGUAUGCCACACUGGGCAUAAGUCUUAUAUGCCUUCUGAUUGGCAUUCCUCUAUGGUGGAAAACAACACAGGUCUACCGAGUACAUCUACCUUAUGCUGAAAUACAAGCAUUGACAGAUAGCAAAGUGAAGUACAUGGUGAAGAUAAGAAUUAUCAAUUUUGAUCUGGCUUUUAAAGAAAAGUCUCAAUUGCUGAACACUUUGAGGGAGAACCUGAAUCAGAAUAAUGAGAGUGUCAUUUUGUCUGAACACAUUUUGUCUUUACGCCCUGCAACAACUCAAGAGCAGGACAUUUUGAAAGAGUCACAGUCCAUUAAAGAUGUUGACCUAGCCCUUGGGAAAAAACUGUUUUCCACAAACUCAGAAUACCAGGUAUUUCUCCUGCCAACUUCUCAUCCAUUUAAAGACCAGGUCCCUUAUGUGGGGCAGUACAAAGCUGCCUUCAUCUGCAACACUGGAAUACAAAAGCUUGGUGAAAGUCUUACAAUAAUGUUCCAGAAUGUUUUGACACGACACACUCCACUUGAACGACUCUAUGAGGCAAGUGCAGGUCGAAAACAACUCAAGCCAGACAAAGAGAGCAUGCGUUCGUUACGCUUCCACACUGAUUAUGACAUCACUUUUACUCUCUUUAGUCCUCAACCUGAUAUUAUUGAUGCCAGGUGGGAUAUGAAAGAAGGAAUCAGAUUGUAUUUAAAACCUCUGCUAGAUCAAAUGCGUGGUUUUGUAAAUAUCACUGUCAAGUCUCAGACUCUGUUUUAUCCAGGUUUUUAUGUAAGACCAUACAGAAAUUCUGAGACCAAAGAAAACUUUCUUAAUUUACAAGAACUCCCACAUAUGAUCAAUCCUCUUGAAACUAAACUGGGAUUCCAAGCAUCGAACAAUCCCAACUUAAAUUUUAUUGUUUAUGUACCAACCAGAGAUCAAAGUCCUUUGUAUAUACGGAAUGAAAAUGGAGAACAGGAUGCAACCAAUUCUUUUCUGAGUCCUCGUUGGGGUGGCAUCCAUAUCUACAAUACUGAAUCUCCUGGUCCUAAUGAUACACUACCAAAGAGAGUUGACAUUGACUUACAUACUAUCAUGGAAAUUUUCAUUACACAGAUUCGAAUGCUGCUCAAUUUAGAGGUACAGAAACAAGAUCUGUUAUUCACACCAGCAGGAACUGGAGGUGCAACAGAAUGGGAAGUCGCUGGCUGGUUAAGAACUUCAGCAGUUGAAAAUGUUGUUAGUUCAACAUCAACAUUACAGUCUCUUGCUAAACUUCUUGGAGAAAUUAGUAAUAUUGUCAUUAAAGAUGCUAUUGGACAAGAGGUUCAGAUGGCUGUUUCCAGCAUCAAAGACAGUUUACAAUUGUUGGCAGCAGGAAAGGACAGAGAAGCAUUUUUUGCUUCCAAGAAAGCUGUCAUUUCAUCAGAGAAAGCAUUCUUUGAUCAAUCCUUACUUGAAUUACUUUAUUUCCCUGAAGAUCAAAAGUUUGCCAUUUACAUUCCUCUCUUCCUGCCUGUCAGCAUUCCUGUGAUUAUAUCUACCAUCCAUUCCUUCAAGUGGUUGAAGCGAAAGUGGUCUAAUAAAAAGAAGGCAAAGACUGAAUAA